AUGAUGGCCCGCUUCUACCGUCUCCAGUGUCAAGGCCGCCAAAGUGAGGCGCGUGAGCUGUUUGCCACAAUGUUCCUCCAGAGCUCAGAGGCCCUGGCGGUGGACCUCGAGGUGAAGAUCUUGGCACAGGCGGAUCCGACCCAUCCGGUGCCCGGUGGGCCCAGCUGGCCAUCUUCACCCAAUCAGGUGCCCUACCUGGAGCUGGCCCAGCAAGCCGAAGAGCGGAAGAAACACUUCGACGCCUGGCUCCUGUACGGCAAAGCCAGCGAGGUGGCCAAUGGUUCAGCCGGUGGCAUCUGGCGACGUCGGGCCCAAGCGGCCAUGGCAGCCGGACUGGAGACGUGCGGGGCCUCCGACGCCGCGAGAGCGGUGAAGCUUGGAGACGUGCUCAGCUACCAAGCGCUGGUCCUUGCAUUGGAGGCCGCUGGGCGCCAUCAAGACGCUGCGGCAGCAGCGAUGGAAGGCGCGAAGCUGCUGAGCGGAAGUCCUAUUGGCCAUGUGCUGCAGGAUUUGGAGCGGAGGCUGCGGGUGGCCACUGAAAGCAGACCAAACUUCACAGGGCGCAUCCUGACGCCCACCGAGUUGCAGGAGGCUGUUCUAAGGGCGAUCCGCCCAGAAGGCCGGCAGUCUCGACUCUUCGCAGCCCUGCUGGCUGUGGCCAUGGGCUGGUGGCACGAAGUGAACGGCGACGAGCAGCUCUUUGCCAAUGCGUUGGGCCGAGCUGCCAUUGGAGCGCGCCGCGAGCUCAGUGCAUUGGACGCUGCCGUGAGGCCGACGCCUUUGCUGCCGGUUCGCGAGCUUUGGGAUCAGGGCGCCGAGGAGCAGUUGAAGGCCUUUGGCGCGGUGUCCCUUUGCUUCAACGGGAUGACAGGCCUUUGGUCAAGCUUGGCUGAAAUUUGCAGGGCCAAACUGGCCGACCGCCGUGAAGUCCUUGUGACCGGCUGCGACAGCGACGAUCCGAGCGGCAACCGGCCGCUGAGCACUGCUUGGUCCCUCCUCAGCGGCCUCACUGCAGAAGUCUUACGAAGCUUCCGACUGAUGGACCUGGAGGUCUUGACCGAGCUGCGGCUUUGCCGUCCGGAGAGCAGCAUGGAGGUGGACAAUGGCGGUUUGCUCCCCGACAAUCGUCGGGAGGUCUCCUUGCGCUUCUUUGUGCCGGUGGAUGGUCAGUCCUGGCAGGAGGCCACCUUGGCCUUGCAGACCAAGGACCGAGAGCUAGCCUUAUCCUAUCCCAUUGAAGCCGGCCGCGCCUACGUGUGGUGGAGCCGCCAAAGCUUCCACCAGCUGCUGGGAGGUGGCUACUUUGCCAUUUGCGCGUGGGCUGUCGUCCGGCAGAAGCCAGACCUCAAGAAGGAGUCUGCUUGA